AUGAACAAAUUAGCGAACAUGCGGCAUUGGUCUGAGAGGAUGGGGCCUGGAUUUGGCAUGUCGCGGCCAAACAUGAAUAUGACCGCCAUCACACCUCAACACAAGGGAAUCAAUGGAUCCUCCCCAAUCCUCUCGCCAACGUCCGCAGAGACCCCUAUACACUACUCCUUCAACGUACCCUUUGCUUCGGACCUUGCUGGCCCCAAUGUUGAGGAUAUUUUGUACGCGACCGUAGGGGCAGUUGAGCGGUGGACACACCCCGCAGACGCGCCAGACGAUGUCCCGAUCUAUGAGUUACCGGUCCACGCCCAGAAUGUCACGAACCUACGGAAGCUCUGCAAAGAUCUCACCAGCGGUCCUCUACCCAUAGAAGCUUAUGUCAAAUCAUCCGAGCCCAAGCGUGUCAAAGGACAGGUAACAAAUGUGUGCCUCUCCGGAAGCCCGGAGCUCGUCCACAAGAGUAGGGAGACUAUUCUCAACGACACGCCGCUGGCACUGCGAUGCGCGGUGGUAGAUGUCGAUGGGGAGCUGGUCAUCGACACAGCUCAAACUGCUCUGAAGUCACACGUGGUGGAACAUCUCGAUCAGAUUGCAGCUUUCUGUGGGGUGGACGUCUUUCUUCUCGGUCCCAAGUUUGCCUCCCUCGUCGACGGACAAAACGCAAAUGGAGAUGCCGGUCGUGAUCAAAGAUGGAGAGUCGCUAUUUAUGGAGACAUGGAGAGUGCAGAGCAUGCCAAGACAAGAGUGUUAAUCUUCAUUGAUAGACUCCUCGGACGUGUAGUCGAUGGCACCAUGCUCGAAUUAUCCCUUCACACUGUUGUAUGUGGACGGUCUCGGAAGAAUAUCAAGCUUAUCGAGUCAACAACCAAUACGGCCAUCUAUUUCCCGCCUCCAUUCUCGCAAGUUUACAGAUACUGCCCUACUGGAGCUCAACGACGCAACCCAGAAGAGAUUUUCAUCACUGGUGAUACGCCGCAGAACAUCGCCUUAGCGAAGCAAAAGAUACACGAACUCGUAACUAGGACAAGGAUCUUCAUGAAGGAUGCAAUCGUCUCUGCGGCAAAGAUCGAUAGUAUCCUGUUGAGCAGACUGGAUAAAGUUCGCAAGAUCAUGGAAACCAAUGGAACUUUCAUCCAAUUCCCGGCAUUGGCUUCUCAACGUAGCAUGAUCCGUAUUCAAGGUGUUGAGGGGCUUCACGUGGAGCGCACUGUUAGGGAUGUCAUGUCUCUGACCGGCCAAUUUUACAGUGCUUCGUGGUGGAUUCAGCAAGCCGAUACUUCACGUCUUCCCUCGCCAAACGAUAUUCGAACUAUGCUCUCGGACAUCUGCGCCAACUCUGACGCUGACGUGGCAUUUGACAAGCUUACCUUCACAAUUACAGGUUCCGAUGAUGCGGUCAAAGCAGCACUGAUGGUCAUUUCGGAAAUCAGAUUCGUCACUCGAUCCCAAUAUCAGAUCAGGGUUAAGAUUGAGCUGGCAAAUGAGCACAAGGAAUUCGUCAGUGGCAAGAAGAAUGGCAAGAUCAACAAGAUUAUGGGUCAAAGCAGCGUCCAGAUCAUCUUCGACGGAUUCAACGAGUACAACUUCAAUAUCGAUGUUUGUGGGGCAAACUAUGAGGCUAUGAAGUCCGGGUUGAUGUUGGUGGAGCAAGAAAUGCCUGCCUCGAUCUCGUUCCAUGUUCCGGACCAAUAUCAUAAGCGUAUCAUUGGGAUUGGAGGACAACACAUCCAGCGGAUCAUGAAGAAGCAUUCUGUCUUUGUCAAGUUUUCCAACGCCAUGGACCGUGGCGGUGUGGGCCGCGAGGACGAUGAUAUCAAGGUUGACAAUGUCAUCUGCCGCACACCUGCUCGCAACGCUCAAAAUUUGGAGCUUGUCAAAUCCGAGAUUUUGGAUAUGGUCGACCGAGUUGACUCGGAAUUCACAUCCCAGACCGUUAACGUCGAUCGAUUGUAUCACCGACAACUCAUUGCACGUCUAGGUCAGCUCGAGGAAUUGGAGAAGAAGUGGAACUGCAAGAUUAUCUUCCCCAGCACCGAGACCGCUAGCGACGAUGUCACAAUCUCUGGCCCGGAAUGGCAGGUUCCUCAUUGUGUGGACGAAUUCUUAGGCAUGGUCCCCGACAAUCACGAGCUGGUCCUUGCUAGUACUCCGGAAUUAAUCAAGUUCCUUGAGUCGACGCAAUUCACGAAGGACUUGGUCCCCAAGCUGAAGGCACAAUACGUUGUUGAAGUACAUGUUAAGGAAGAUGAAAAUGAACUUACGGAAGAUGGUAAGCCUACCGUGACUCUCCUUUGGACAUUCACUCGAAACAACGCCGGGGGUGUCAGGGAUGCAAUUGAUUUUCUGAACUCGAACCUGGCAGCCGCUGGUAUCGAAGCUACUACCGUCAAAGGUGCCAUCCCGCGACCCAAGUCAGAUUCGUUUGAGGAAUCUCUUCAAUAUUUUGACUCUAAGCUUCUUCAACAUGCUCCUCCUGUAUCUACAGAUUCGCCAACUAAGUCUACCUUUGGUGAGGAAGUUGCUCGGGAGCGCAGCACAAUCUUCGACAAGCUUCGCAAACCUGGUAGCAUGUCUUCGAUAUCUUCCUUCCUGGAUCGUCGCAAGAACAGCUCUCACUCACCAGCUGGUUCUUUCUUCAAGAACGGUUCCAGCAACGUGUCGAAGUCUUCCUUGAUCUCCAUCGAGUCAACAAGAAGCUUCAAUGCGGACCGCAACCCAUGGAACGACAGUGGUGUCAACUUGCCGGACGACGAUACCACACCAUGGCCCACCCGCCACUUUGGGAAUGGCAGCGGGAGCAGCAAUGAUCACAAACCCUCUCAACUCCAACAUCCAGGCGAUGCAACCCCCAAACACACAGUUCGGGCUUCGAUCGACAGCGGGCGCGAUAGCGGACGCCCAAGCACCUCUCAUUCUACCAACUCAGGAUACCCAGGCCCUAUUGGCCCACCGCGUUCUUGA